AACGUACCACCACCGUCAAUUAAUUUAUUUUUGUAUCCUAUUCACUACGGAGACUUAUAAGAAGUUGACUUAGGACUUUUGAGAAGUGGCUCAUAUAAACUCAUAAGCAUAGCUUGAUAUCUCAGAAAAGGCAUUAUCUUUGCCUUGGCACACAUUAAGGCAAAACAUGGAGAGACACUGUGUGUUCAUUGCCACUGCUGUGAUGAUGAUUUAUCUUGUUCAAGCUCAAGAUACAACUGGAUUCAUCAAUGUGGAUUGCGGUUUACCCCCUUAUGAAUCUCCUUACAACACAACCACGACCGGUUUAGCAUAUACAUCAGAUACCGAUUUCGUUAACAGUGGGAAAACUGGUAGAAUCGCCAAAGAAUUUGAACCGGACUACGAUGAGCCCAUUUUGACACUCAGAUAUUUUCCAGAAGGAAUAAGAAACUGCUACCAUCUAAAUGUGACCCGGGACAUCAACUAUAUGAUCAAGGCCACAUUCGUAUAUGGGAAUUACGAUAAUGCUAAUGACGACCCGAGCUUCGACCUUUAUUUCGGUCCAAUUUUUUGGGUAACGGUGAGUAGUAAUAAUACUAGAGAGGAGAUCAUCCAUGUGACGAAAUCCAAUUCGUUACAGGUAUGUCUUGUUAGGACAGGAGCAACUGUACCUUUCAUAAAUGUCUUGGAGCUACGACCAUUGCCGAAAACUGAUUAUGUUACACCAAGGGGCGGGUCGUUGAACCUUAUAUUCAGGGUGUAUCUUAGCAAUUCCGGUUUUGGAAUACGGUAUCCAGAAGAUAUCUAUGACAGAACAUGGAAUUCAUACUUCGAUAAGGAGUUAUGGGCAGAAGUAACAACGAAUCUGACAGUAAACGUUGAUAAAAGUAAUGAAUUACCACAUGGCGUAAUGGCAACGGGCGCAACACCUCUAAACGAGAAAGACGCAUUGAACAUGACAUGGGACGUUGAGCCUCCAACUGCAAAGUCUUACAUCUACAUGUACUUUGCAGAACUUAAGACUCUAAGGGCCAACGAUACAAGGGAAUUUAAUAUGACGCUGAAUGGAAAAUAUCUAUCUGGACCUUAUAGUCCCAUACCAUUAGAAGCCCAAACCAUCACAGCCGAAGAGCAGCAAUGCGAUGAAGGGGCAUGUCUUUUGCAGCUUGUGAAGACGUUAAACUCAUCUCUUCCGCCUCUACUUAAUGCUAUGGAGAUUUUCACUGUGAUUGAUUUCCCCCAAAUGGAGACAAAUGACGAUGACGUUGCUGGCAUAAAGAGUAUUCAAGAUACUUAUGGAUUGAGUAGAAUAAGUUGGCAAGGAGAUCCGUGUGUCCCCGAAAAGUUUUUGUGGGACGGCCUAAACUGCGACAACUCAAAAAAUUCGUCGCCACCAAUAAUCACUUCCUUAGACUUAUCUUCAAGUAAUUUAACCGGGAACAUCACGCAAGCCAUUGAAAAUCUCUCUCACCUUCAAAAAUUGAACUUGUCAAAUAACAAUUUGACUGGAGAAAUACCUGAAUUUCUGGCUUACAUAAAAUCACUCUUGGUCAUAGACUUGACUGGUAAUAAUUUCACUGGCUCGGUUCCUCCCUCACUUCUUCAGAAAAAAGGAAUGGAGUUAAAUGUCGACAACAACCCGCAUCUUCUGUGCGCAGCUGAUUCAUGUGUGAACAAAGAAGAGAAUGGACAUACGAAAAAGAGUAUUGUUGUACCAGUGGUUGCAUCAAUUUCCUCACUAGCCGUUCUUGUAGUUGCAAUCUUCAUAUUCCUAGUUCUCAAAAAGAAAAAGGCAGCAAAAGUUGAAGGGCGAAGACCAUCAUAUAUGAACGCGUCACAUAGUGGAUCAUCUCAACCGGAAAUAAUGAUGAAGAAUAGAAGGUUUACUUACUCAGAAGUUAUGUCGAUGACAAAUAACUUCCAAAGAGUCAUUGGUAAAGGAGGGUUUGGAAUUGUUUAUCAUGGUUUUGUGAACGGUACAGAACAAGUAGCUGUUAAGAUUCUUUCUCAUUCAUCAUCUCAAGGAUAUAAGCAAUUCAAAGCUGAGGUAGAACUUCUUCUUAGAGUUCAUCACAAGAAUUUGGUCAGUCUUGUUGGAUAUUGUGACGAAGGAGAGAACUUGACUCUCAUUUAUGAAUACAUGGCCAAUGGAGAUUUAAAAGAACAUAUGUCAGGGACACGUAACCGCUUUAUUUUAAAUUGGGGAACUAGACUAAAAAUAGUCAUCGAAGCUGCACAUGGACUCGAGUAUUUGCAUAAUGGAUGCAGACCGCCAAUGGUUCACAGAGACGUCAAAACAACAAAUAUAUUGUUGAAUGAACACUUUGAGGCGAAACUUGCUGAUUUUGGGCUUUCAAGGUCAUUUCCUACCGAAGGUGAAACUCAUGUGUCAACAGUUGUUGCUGGUACUCCUGGAUAUCUAGAUCCUGAAUACUAUAGAACAAACUGGUUGACAGAGAAGAGUGAUGUUUAUAGUUUUGGGAUUGUACUAUUGGAGAUCAUCACAAACCGACCUGUGAUGGACCAAAGCCGUGAAAAGCCACAUAUAGCAGAAUGGGUGGGGUUAAUGCUUACAGAAGGAGACAUCACAAGCAUUAUGGAUCCAAGUCUAAAUGGACUUUAUGAUUCUGGUUCCGUUUGGAAAGCUCUUGAGCUAGCAAUGUCUUGCGUGAAUCCUUCUUCAACGAGAAGACCUACCAUGUCUGAAGUUAUUAUUGGAUUAAACGAGUGUCUAGCAAAUGAAAAUUCAAGAGGAGGAGCGGGUAGGGACAUGGAUUCAAAGAGUUCCAUAGAAGUGAGCUUGAUCCUUGGUAGUGAAGUGAGCCCAACGGCUCGGUAGAUUACAUUUUGUGAUCACAUGAAUUUCUGUUUGCUGUUUUUAUUUUGGAUGACGCUAUCCUCAGACUCGUACUUUGAUUGGGUUACCUUUAUUAAUGAGCUACGAGCUUCUAUUA